GUUCCGCCUCGGUCACCGGAGCUUGUACGCCUCGCGCCGCUGGACUUCCAGCUCACCGUGGUUUGUUUAUGUUCCUUUGUCUCCCCAACUCACCUUGUUCUCUAAAGUGUUUCCAUCCAAAAUUUUCAUUUUCCUUCGAGUUGGGAGGUUUUGCUAGUGGACGGUAGACCCCGCGGGAUUUCCGCGGCUGAUCCCAGUUUCUCGCGAAAGUGUACCUCUGCGUUCCGCAAGAAGUGAGUGGCCGCUAACCUCAUUUUUCGCAACGCUUCCUGGAUGAUCCUCGGCACGACUCUGGCUUCGGGAUUGUGUAGUCGCUCCGACGGCGUCGGGUCGGGUGCAUUUUUUCGCGUCUGCGCGUUCGGCGUCGGGAGUUUGUUUUGGUCCGGCGUGCAGUGUUUGUUUACACGAUGUUAUCGUGAUGUGUGAGGUGUGAAAAUGAACGAGGAUAUCGCUUUUCUGGACUGGGCCGAGAAGCUGGAUUCUGGCACCAACCACUGGCUCCCAGCUUACGGCUUCCAGCAGCCCUCGCACAUCCAGGAGGUGCUCUUGCAGGAGAGGAAUUCCGAUAAUAUAAACGAUGAUGAUCAUGGAUGCGGAAGUGGUGGUGGUACAUUUCUUUUCUUGGAAACGAUCGUAGAAGAGACCUCGGACGAUUUGCGCAGCGAGAGCGAUUAUUCAGUAGGCCCAGUAGGCUGGCCGGACAGUGACAGCGAUGCUCACUCAGUUAUACAUGUUCCUAAUCAUUUCGACUCGACCUCCGUGUGGAAUGGAUCCGAGCGCGACCUGGCCGUGCCGAAAAAGCGUCGGCGGCGUGGUGUAGGUGGAGGCGGAGGCGGAGGGGUCCAUAACACGGACCCUGGGGUCCACGACGAGGAAGACGAGGCCGACGACGAAGAGCAACCCUCCCGAUCGUCAUCCCUGCUCCAGUUCGAGACGUUAGAGCGCCACUGCCUCGACUACGAGACCGUCUUCAAGACCUCGGCCACGUCGGAGCCGUUCCUCCACGCCUCCUCCUCGCUCAACUCCCACUUCUACCUGGACCAACCCAAAUGGACCUUCACCACCUUCAAGCCCCCGAAAGAGCCCGACGAGGACCUCUCCUCGCUCUCCUCCCAGUGUUCCUCCACCUCGAGCCGCGAGAUCUCCUCCUCCGAGAACGAAGCAUCUCUCCUGAGCCGCUGUUCCAAGUCCAUCUCCUCGCAGCCGGACCGCAGCACCGUCCAGCGAGGACCGUCCAGCCUCAGGACCUUCCGCAGUUUCGACAGCCUCGUCCCGGAUCGCCCCAGUGUUCCUGAGAAAUCCAACGAUUUCGCCUCCCUCAAUUCCUUGAGGUUCAGCGACAAAUCCCAGAGCUUGAACCUCAACGAAGCCUUCCUGGACAGCUUCGAGGACGAACCCGCGUCGACCGUGAUCCCGGUGUCGCGGAGCUUUUACAAGACGGUGGACUGUCUGUCGUCGCUGGACAGCACGGACGCGAAGAAACGGGACAGCCUGGAGUACAAAGACACAGACCCCGAGAAGAAGGUCGAGCAGGAGGCGGAGAAAAUUCAGGGCGCCCAGAGGAGUAAGGACGACGCGGCGAAGGUGUAUCUCCAAAGAUCGGCCGAGAACCUGUCAGAGGAUUCAGGGUUCGGCGACGGGCACGCCCUGAAGGGCUCGGUGAGCAGUCUGUUGCAGCUGCGGCGCACGAGCAGCUCCAGCGCCGUCUUCCCGAUCCCCGAAGACGAGGCGGACUUCCAGUACUCCCCGCGCCCUGUCCUGCCCAGGCCGCCCGACGAGGGCACGCGACCGGCGGCGGCGGCGGCGGGCGCGGAGAAGCUAAAAUUAGCAAAAGGCGGAGAGGAAAUUCCUCGGGGAGAGGAAGGCCCCGCGGCUAUAAAUAGCUCUUGGCAAAGCGGAACCGCAGCCGACGGCGACGUCGAGCCGGCCGCCUCAGUAGUGAGCUGUGCGUCGCCGGUGUCGUGCGCCCCGAAACCCUCCAAAGUCAACCGCAGCUUGUUGAGUGAGUUCAGUGCCAGUGAAAAAGAUGAAGCGGUGAUCCGGCCGGAACCCAAACGCGAGCCGCCGCCUUUACCCACCGCCCCAGUCCCCACGCGGCCGAGAGUCGUCCGGAACGACUCCUUCAAAAUGGCCUCCCGACUGCCCGUCGUGUCGACCCCGAACCUCCACAACCUCAUCACCGACGAGGAGUUCGCCCAGAUCCAAGAGCACAAGACGCAGCUGCUGCAGGAAGAUGAGUACCUCUCGCGGUCGUAUUCGCUCAAGAAGAUGGCCACCAACUUCUCCGAGUCGAAGCUCAACAAGAAGAACUCGAAGUCCAGCGGGAGCAACAUCCAAAUCACGACGAGCUUCGUGAACCUCAGCUCGACGACGAACGGCUCCAACAAAGGCGUCCACUUCUGCCCGAUCGUCUCGGAAGUGAGCUGGCAGGAGACGUACUCCUCGGACGAGGAGAGCUCCGGCGGGGAGUACGAGAGCGAGGACAACGAGUACUCGGAGCUCAACGGGUCGGGUUCCUCGGGGUCCAGCCCGGAGAAGGACUCGUCGUCGUCGCCGGAGCUGGACGCCCUCGUCGAGAAGCUCCUGUCGAGCGGGAACGCCGGGGAGCCGCGGAGGGAGAUCAUGGAGCGGCGCAACUCGGAGCGCGCCAAGAUGAUGCAGGAGUACAUCAAACAGAACAUAAUCGGCGGCAACUUGCACAUGCACGACCGCGGCUCGCCCUUGCCCUCCGCCCCGGCGGCGACGGCGGCGGUGGGAGCCCACGCUGGCAGUCACGUGGCGGGGCCCGUCCGCGCUCACUCGGCUCCCGCCAGCGCCGCGCCAGUCUCCGCCCGAACCAUGGACGAACCGGUCUCCAAGCGCAAGUCCAACAAGCUCGGCGGCUUCUUCCAGCGCUUCUCCUUCCGCCGUCGGAAACCGCGCAAGGAAGAACAUCCCAAAGUGCGCGCUGAGGAUACUCACAAUCUCAAUCUCAAUAAUAAUAACAAUUCGGAUAGUGCUGUGAAAAGUGCGGAGGUUCUGGUCAUACCGCUCCACGAUGCCGGAACCGGUGCGUCCGAGCCGGAGGCGGUGGUGUCGAGCAAGCCGCCGCUCCCCAAGUUACCGCCGCGGACGGUCGGGGUGGGCUCGUCGCAGGGGGCGCAGGGGGUGAAAAGGUCGCCUCCGCGUCGGCGCCCCGAGUGCGGGGAUGUGGGGUUGUCGGGCGCGGGCUCGGGCGCCGCCGUCAGUACCAUGUCUAAUGUCGGCUCUAUCGAUCCAACGUCGCGGGUCGGGCUCCUGGAGACGGAUUUGGACUCGAACGUGACCUCCAGUAAGCAUGGUGCGCCGAGCAAGAAGGCCCGCAGCCUCCUGAACCUCGAGGGCCCUCACGACAUGACCACCCUCCGGCCCGUGUGCAACAUCAACCCCGACGCCAACUACCUCGCCAACAAUGUCGACUCCCGCGCCAAGUCCAUGGAGUUCCUCCUCGAUAAGGAAAAUCACGCAGCCAUACAGCCGCCGGAGAACCAACUGCAGAAGGUGGGCGGCGACCGGAUCCUGUCGGAGCAUGAGCUCCGGGUGCAGAAGUCCCUUCAGAAGCUGAACGUGCCCGACUGGUAUAAGAACAGCAACGUCCCUUCCUCCGGGUUCAUCCUGAAGCGGCACAGCGACGCCGGGCAUGGCCACGGGCACCACUCCCACCUCACGCUCCAGCCGUGGCAGGGACUCAGCUCCAAAACCACCUCCCUCUCCAGCCUCGGCUCCAGCUACUCCAAUUCCGCCGGCCACGGACCCCCGCCCAGGAGCCCCACUGGCAGCCAUCGUGGUGGUAUGAUGAGCCCAAGUCCGACACCGACACAUGUGUUUUCUCGAUGGAGCACAACACGACUGAAUAGUGGCUGUACCUCUAGUAAUACAUCGCCGUGCAGCAGUGCCCGGUCCUCGUUCAACUACAGGCAGCCCUACCUCGGCUGGCGCUCUCAAGAGAGGCUCAACAAACCGCGCACUCCUGCCGAGAGGCUAGCCGCUGGCCUCUUGCCUCAACAGAAACAACAGGUACAAAAUGUGCCAAGCCUUACUGAUGUACAAACCUCAAUCAAGGAAGUCACUGCAGCUAUCGUGCAUUAUGUCUCAAAUAGGUCUGAAGCAUGCAAUCCAUCUCCAAAAUGGAACAAUGAAUUAUCUACAAGUCCCUCCAGGUCUGCAUCACCUAGAGGCAGCACUGGUCGUCUCUGCUGGUUAGAAAGUUCAUUUGUCGGAAGCCGUCCGACGGAAAUACCUGCAACACCAAACGUGACUGACCUCAAAUCUAGUGAAAUAAAUAACAAAGAUUUAUUUUUGGAUCUAAAUAAUCAUAGAGUACAUUCGCCAAUCACUAACCGCUGCAGUCAGAAUGGUUCAGAGGAGGAAGUCACCUCCCCGUACUGCAAAAGAACACCAGAAAUAAUAAAGACUGUUAUUCUUAAUAAGCCAAGCCCCAAUUCUACUACAAUGGAAGAUGUUCUAGAUUCGCUUCUCGGACUUCCACCAGCUUCCAGAUCACCAAGUCCGGGCUUGGGCGGAAACUCCGUCCAUCAUAGUUGCGGGGACCUGCGCUCACCGAUCGCAGGGUCAGCUAGCAAGACAGGAAAUAAUGAGAAGCCAGCCAACUCUGUAACUGAAGCUGCUCCUGCAAUGAAUCUACGUAGAGUUUCCUUUGACGCUGCAGUCAGCAAUUCUCAAAAUUCUGGCAUUCCGGACACACUGGUGCGCUGUAGGUAUAACAAGUGUAACAAGGUAGCAGAUGUAUCAGAAGCUCGGAGAACGUUUAAAACUUGCCACAACUGCGCUCAUGUAUAUUGCUCCCGCGAGUGCCGCAGGGCUCAUUGGGAGAAGCAUAGAAAAACAUGCCUGCAUUCAAGAGUAGGGUCCUUGUGUCGCCAGGUUUUAAAUGCAAGCAAAGAGGAUCCUGAUAGUCUGAAUCACUUAUCACUCAUUGCACGAAGAGGAUAUUUGUCUCAAGGCAGAGGAGCUGUCAAAAGUUUCUUUUCCAGUCCUGAAAUGGCUGAGAAAUUCGUCAAAAAUGGUUUCUCAUUUUUAGGUGAGCCCACUUUCAUCGCGUGGUCAGAUAUACUGCCAAGCGAAAUGAAUUCUGACUUAUACACUGAGCUCAUUCGUCUGUGCAAGAAUUACAAUCCUGACACUCGUUUCGUACUAUAUGUGGCAGUUUGCGUUGUAAGUGAAGUACCAACUAGAGGAGCUGUCAAGUGGGAGAGACAAGUUGUCUCCCGGUGUGCGAAAAUUCGACUGUGCCAAUCUCUAAUGAGCCGUCAUCCUAUAGACGGAUCAAAAACAGAUACCAACAGUACAUUAAUUCUAACAUCCUUGCCAGGAAAUGACGGAUCACAGAGAGCCAGGCAGAUAAGCUUCACCAACAUACAACGACAUCUACGGCACCGUGGAGUAAGCUUGCAAAAACAUUUUCCUGAUGUAUACAAAAACCUUUGCGCCUACGUUGAGGGCACUAGUGAGAGAUUUACUCCUGUUACAAUCUACCCAAAAGAUAGUCAUUCAGGGAAAACAUUUAUGUGCGUCAUAAUGCUAGACUCUGAGCCUGAGCAAGUCAACAUGGUGCCACGAGGUAACACUCCAUCGCAAACUAUUGAUGUAAGUGUCGAGCAGUGAAAACAUGUUAGCAAGUGAUAAAUUGAGCAUUUAAUUUUAUGAUUUUAUAUUUGCUACUUUUUAAUUUAUUGAGGAUACAAAUUAUCUUCAGAAUGUAGAUUCAAGUAAAUGUGGAAAGAAGUGAAAUUAAUUGCUUGAGAGAAAGUCGAACCUCCUAUCUUGUUCUGGGACAUAAAUUUUUGUGAGCACUUUGAGAAUAAUAAACUUAACUCUUCGAAUUGGUUCCCUCCAACACGGACAACACAACAUAUUACGAAAUAUACACUAAAGUUUAAGUGAAUGUAGGAACUGCCACCCUCAGAACAUUGAAGAAGUAUCUUUCCACAAAUUAUCCAGGGAUAAAUUGCAUUGGACAUUUCCAUAAUUUUAGCUAAACACAACCGGACGGAUUCUUCUUGUGAUAAGACGGAAAUACUCAACUCAAGUCAACCUCUUAAGUAACUUGCGAAAGUAAGUACUCUUAAGUAACUCUUAAGUAACUUUGCGAACUGUACUCAGAAGUACAUUCUUUCCUAAGUUGUUCCGAAAGUGGCAAUUUCAACGAUCAUCAAAACAUUUCAUUAAAAUCUGUUACACAUUGAGUUAUCUGAAAAAGCAAGAAUGAAAGAAAAACCAUUAUAUCGUUUGUGACUACAUUUGAGUUCUUCAAUAUUAAAGAAACCUAUGUAUAUAAAAUAAAAAUUGCGUUUUUUCCCCGCUGAUGUAAAUCUAACAGUGUACAUUAAAGAAUGAUGUAAAUAUAUCAGCGAACUUGAAUUAUUAGGAUUAUUUGUAGGUAGACUUAUACCCCUGAUUUUUUAAAUUUACAUAUUUUCAGUAUGACUGUCAAAUGUAGAUAAUAAUCCCUGAG